AUGGCAAUCUCCGGCGGCGCAGUGGAAUUUCUCCGGCGACGGCUACUCCCAACGACGCUUAUCCACGUCACGGCUCUAGACGGGAUCGUCAACGUCAAUUCCCUCUUCUCACUUGCUCUUUUCCUCGGCCUCACUACAAGCGGCAACAUCACCUUCCCGGUUUCCUCCUCCACCACCGCCGGGGACCAACAUAUCCGCCGGUGUAUCGCCGCAAAAGGCCCUAUAUUAGCGGAGAGGCUAGUCUCAUACCACGUUUACUCCUUCAGCUUCUUCCUCUUCUCAAGCCUCAUCGCUAUGUCUAUAAAGCAAGCCAUCAGAACAACAACAGCAACAACGAACGAGCGCGUUGUGGAGGAGCCGCGUGUGAUAAACGCAGGAAUGGGGCGCGUGAAUUUAGCGGCUUUGAGAGUUGGGAUCGUGGCUUCAUGUGUCGGGUCGAUUUUGGGAUGUGGGUUCUUGACAAUGGCUUUAGUGGAUCUUGUUCAGAUCAAACUCGGACCAUUGGAAUGUAAGAGAAGCUUUCACGCACUUGCGGCGAUUGUGCCUCUCGUUGUGCUUGUUCCUGCUGCACUUGUUAUCUACGUCUUACUUGUUCUCUACGCUUUCAUUUAUUAA